AUGUCUAAUCAUCCAGUGCAUGUUUAUAUCCCUUUCGAUGGAGUCACUGACGCGGUGAAGCAAGGAAUCGUUGACAAGCUCAACAAACCAAACGAGCGGUUCGGCUUCGAGGAACCUCCGAUCUCAAUAGCGCCCGCGUUAGACGCGGCCGAAGCACCAGCGAGCACAAUUCCGGACCAUUCAGGAGUGGAGUUCAAAGACGCAUUAGAGAAAGAGCUGAAGUACGGACAAGAGUCAGGGCGGGGCACCGCGUUCUUCAUCUGGGCGGAAGGCUCUGCACUGCAGGUCUCCGACCCCACCGUGCGAGUGAUACAUGCCUGGCCACCUGACAACCAGGGAGAUGCGCCUAAGGUAGAGGAGAUUUGCGCUGAACUCGAUGUAGUCGCGCAUAUCGUCAACUGCGUGGAGUCCGGAAACCAGAGUUUCGACGAAUGCCAGGACUGGGCGGGCGCGGAUGGCAUCGUACGGGCGCAAUGA